CCAUGAAGCCGGGGCAGCAUCUCUCCAUUUGUGUCCUACUUUGUGUGACACAGAGCGCAGAUGGAGGGAACAUUUUGGUGUGGUACGCUGAUGGCAGCCACUGGAUUAACAUGAAGCCUGUGCUGGAGUUGUUGAUUGACAGGGGACACCAGGUGACGGUUCUGGUCCCAAGCACUUCAAUGUUCAUGACCACCAGUGAGUCUCCUCGUUUUGGCUACGAACCCUUCAAUGUCUCUAUCUCAAUGGAGACCAUCAGACAGUUUUAUGAGGAUUUUUUUCACUUCUCCAUGUAUGAGAUUGAUCAUAUGAGCUACUUGCAGAUGUACAUCAAAUACAUGAAUAUUAUGACAGUGUACAUGCAGAACUUUUUAAAGUUUUUGGAUGGCGUGGUGAAAUCAGAAACCAUCAUGAAGAAGCUGAAGGAGGGAAAAUAUGACCUUCUCCUGGCUAACCCCCUCUAUCCCGGCAGUGACUUAGAAGCAGAUAUUUUGGGCAUCCCCCUGGUCCUCUCCCUGCGGUUUUCCCUAGCCCAUAACUGGGAGAGACAUUGUGGUCAGCUACCCACUCCUCCUUCCUUUGUCCCCGCCGCUAUGAGCAAACUGACUGACAAGAUGAACUUCUUUAAGAGAGUGUGUAACUUCCUCUUCUACCCACUGCAGGACAUUGUGACCAAUAUUAUUUAUUGGAAAGGAGUAGAUAAAUAUUACUCGGAAGUCAAAGGAAAACCCACCAGUGGCUGUGAGAUGAUGGGUAGAGCAGACAUCUGGUUGAUGCGAACCUACUGGGACUUUGAUUUUCCUCGUCCUUCUCUCCCUAACUUCAAAUUUGUUGGUGGGAUCCACUGCAGACCUGCUAAACCUUUACCAGAGGAUAUAGAGAAGUUUGUGCAGAGUUCUGGAGACGCUGGCAUCGUGGUCUUCACUUUGGGAUCAAUGAUCAGGAAUAUUUCCACAGAGAAGGAAAACAUGAUAGCCUCAGCCCUCGCUCAGUUACCACAAAAGGUGGUGUGGAGACACAAGGGAGAAAAACCAGCGACUCUGGGUGCAAACACCAGAAUUUAUGACUGGAUUCCUCAGAAUGACCUACUGGGUCACCCCAAGACCAGAGCUUUCAUCACCCAUGGUGGCUCAAAUGGGAUUUAUGAGGCCAUCUACCACGGUGUUCCCAUGGUGGGCAUCCCCAUGUUCGCUGACCAGCCACAGAACAUGGUCCACAUGAAAGCUAAGGGAGCUGCAGUUACUGUGGACGUGAACCUCAUGAAGUCUGAAGACCUUAGAGAUGCUAUCAAUACUGUCAUCAAUGACAAAUCGUACAAGGAGAAUGUCAUGAAACUGUCCAGCAUCCAUCAUGACAGACCAAUGAGUCCUCUGGAUGAGGCAGUAUUCUGGAUCGAGUACACCAUGAGAAACAAAGGGGCCGAGCACCUGAGGGUUCAGGCCCAUGAGCUCACCUGGUACCAAUAUCACAGCUUGGAUGUCCUGGCCUUCCUCCUUGCAAUUGUUCUUCUCCUCGUAUUUCUUGUCAUCAAGACCUGCAGUUUCUGCCUCCGGAGGUGCUGUGGCAGAGCCGAACAGAGAAAGAGAAAGGCUGAGUAACUGAAUGAAAUGAAGCUGUUUAUAAAACUGAUGGGUGAAAAAACAGUUCUUUGGUUGUCCUGUUGGUCUUAACUCAUGUGAUCUAACCACAAUGGGUUCAUUAAUUGUCCAAAAUUUGAAACAACUAUUUUGAGCAAGAAAAUAAAAAAUACAUUCAAAAAUCA